AUGGUUGCUGGGCAACCUGGUGGAACUGCUGAACGUGCGACACUACUCAACUUCUUGACCCAGCCUGGAACAGCUCAAGGCCCUUCAGAGGCUUUGGAGAAGCUGCGGAAGUACUCACGUUGGAGAUCGCGUGCAGAGCAGCUCCAGGUUUCCCUCCCUGAUCCGUCACUGCUUCUUCGAGCCGUAGAAAGCAUAGUUGCAGGGAUUGUGGGUUCCAAUACCUAUAGGGAGUUGGCUUUUAGGCUUAGCGUGCUGAAGCUGGAGCUUUCGCUAGACCACGUCCCGACGCAUGAAAAGGUCGAGAAGUUUAGGAAGCAGGUUCAUGCCGAAAUGGAGUUGCUUGCUGUAAGCGCACAGGCGGCCGCCCAGGAGGAUAAGGAGAAAAGGCAGCGAGUGAGGAAGGUGAAGACUGCGGGGGAGGAAGGCAAGGAUGAUAAGCCUGAGCCUAGGAAGGGUAAAGAUUGCGCCACCUGCUUGAGAGGCUGUGACCUCUCCGGUCCGUAUGCUAAUGGCAAUCAUGAAAGGCUUAAGAAGGUUAGAUACUGUUUGCAUGCAGUGCUUACCGUUCCGGUGUUGGCAACAGACAUCCUCAAGCAGGAAUAUGAUUACGAGCCGUCGGACCCGGGUGAGGGUGAAAAGCAUGAGGCGUCUGCUUUGCAGGUUGAGCCCUUCGGAGAGGAUGAUGCUGAGUUGAGCAUUAGUGUGAUGAAGCCUUCGCCCCCAGAUGUGCAUGAGGUCCCGGGUGCUUGGGAGUUUCCUGAAGAGGGUGAUGAAGGUGGUGAUGGCGAUGAUGGUGUGGCAACCGGUGAAGUUCCUUUGAAGGAGGUGCAUAUGCAUGAGGUGCCUUACUUAGUCAUGCUGCCAGAUAAAAAGGCCAAGACCGUCACCAAUGCCUUGAAAGAAGUUCUAGCGGACAUCGCUUAUUGGGCGCUCCCGGUACGCAGAGUCCAUACUGACAAAGGAGCAGAGUUCACGAAUGCACAGUUUCGCCAGCUCCUAGCGGAUCAUCAGCUUCGUCGUACAACAACGGUUGGCUCGGACUUUAAGGCUAAUGGGCGCACUGAAGCCCACAUAGGGCGUGUCAAGGGGCUCACUCGCGCAUUACUUGCGUCGGCGUCUGUGGAUGAUGCUGAUUGGGCUUUUGCUAUGCGGCACGCUGUCUUCAGUAUGAGGUCGCAGGUCUUUACAGUCUUGGGUUUCCCCCAACGCGAACCGAUCCCCUUCUACACCAAGGUUUGGGUAAGAAAGAAGGAAUGGACUUUGCACUUGUGGGCGCCAAAGUGUAUAGAGGCCCGCGUUAUGGCUCCCUCUGAGUCCGCUCCAGGUGGUUACGUUGUGCGCCUUCAGCCGAGCCACCCUUCCGAUCUUUGGGAUGGUCUCCAGGGUUACUUUGAAACCACAGCGUUGAUUCAAGGAGUAAGGGCUCAGGAACCUGUCUUUGAGGCAUCCGGUGAGGUUUCGGUAAUUCCACCUAGCGAGGUGCGCAAAGGGGUGCCGGUGACUGAGGAAGCAAGUAAGACUCCCACCUCUUCUGGGCCGCCUGGUCCAUCGUCUCGUUUGCGUCGUAAAACUCCUGACCCCUUGUGCAUUGACCUCCCGCACGCUGUGCGAGCCCUUGCCGAUUCUCUCGAGGCUCUCUCUGAGGACUUCUUGCGUCGGGGAUUGUAUGAUAGUGCAUCGUGGUCUCAGGUGCUGCGCCUUUUGCCCCAUAAGCCAAUCCGCAGGGGUUUUAUGUCUGCUUUGGGGCCUGGGAUUCAGUAUCGUAGCUUUGGGAUGUUUACGCACGGGGGAGUUCUCGGUGUGACGACGGCUAGUCGGCAGUUUCCGCACACUCAAAGGUACCUUCUGGCCGUGUUACAGCACUAUCACCCUCAGGCUACAUUCACUUCCUUUGUAGCGUCGGUGAAUUGCAGCGCCCCCAUCCACCGUGAUUACUUCAAUGCUCCGGAUAGCUUGAACUAUGUUGUUGGCGGAGAAGAGCAUUCGCGUGGUGGGCUUUGGAUCGAGGUUAGUUCAGAGUUUGCUAGCACUGCUGCUCCGGGCGUUUUGCAAUUUCGAGAGGUUGCUCCGCGUCGGUGGCUGCCAGGAAUGAUGUGGGACACGGUUGGUGCCUCGUUCUCGUUCUCACCGCACCGCUUUCAUGCCGGUAACUCGUGGUCUGGCGACAAAUACCUCCUUGUUGCGUUCACUCUCAAACGAUGUGUGAAGGCUCCUCUCCCGGUUGUGGCGGAGCUGACUUGCGCCGGCUUUCCGUUGCCUUCUUGCUGCCCUGUUGAGGCGGAGUCUGAUUUCAGCGAAGAGGCUUAUGGUUUGGAUGCGGCGUGCAGUGCUGAGUCGAAGUUGUGGUUUGAGGCGGCUAGCGGUUCAGGUAGUGCUGUCAGUGAGGUCCUCGAGGCGCGCUCUGAAGGCAUAGAAAACUUCCUUGCCUAUUAUCAGGUGCUGUCGGGACUGGGGGAGUCACCCUCUGCAUCUGAUGCCCAUGUCAAACGCGAACUUCCUUUGUGGAAGCCAGCGAUAAGCGCCGAAUAUGACAGCCUCCGUGUAAAAGGCGGCUCCGCUUAUGAACAUCGUCUGCUCACAUAUGCAGGUGGAAUCGAUGCGAGCGCGCUAAGAUUGUCAUUGGCUUUCAUAUCCCAGCACCCCGACUGGGAUGUCUGGGUGACAGACGUCAAAACAGCUUUCUUAAACGCGAAGUUGUCCGAUGGUGUUGAAAGCAGUCGAGUCGAAGCAGGGACCGAGGAGCUGAUCGUCCUUGAUCCGCCCCGAGGCAUUGUCGGCCUUCUGGUCGUAUAUGUCGAUGAUCUCAUGAUUGGAGGCGUUGCAAAGUAUGCAUCUGCAGUCCUCGUUGAAAUUCGCAACAUCUGGCAGUGCUCGGAGCCGGACCAGCUUAGCUCUAAGAGCCCUGUACGCUUUUGUGGUGUUGAAAUAGAGAGACAAGGCCGUGCGCUCUUAGUCCACCAAGCAUCGUAUAUAGAAGAUGUUGUAAAGCGCUACGAAGAGAGUCUUGGGGCUCCGCUGGUAGAGACUUCGUGCCCGUUUGUAAAGGUUCAGGACCCAGAAGAGCCAGAACCUCCUUCCCCUGUUGCUUUGAGAAAGGCUCAGGCACUCGCGGGUGAGCUUCUUUGGGUAUCUGGAAAGACAAGAGUAGACAUUGUCUAUGGGGUUGCGAGGGUAACAUCAUUGGUGAGUCGAUGUCCGGAGCUUGCUUUCUGCUAUCUUAAAGGCACCAAGAGGGUCGCUCUGAAGUACCAGUGCACCGCAGAUCAGCCUCCCCACGGUAUGCAUAAUGAGCGUCGCGUCACGGCUCUUCCUUACCUGCUUGAGUCUUUCACUGAUGCUAGUUUUGCUCCAGCUGGUGACAGAAGCUUUGAAGCUGGCCUGGUGCAGGUCGGUCGCAACCUAGUCUUCUGGGGUGCAGGCAAGCAGCCCUUCACAGCUCUCUCUACGGCUGAGUGUGAACUGUUAGGGGUUCUAGAGGGAGUAGCGUUGACGGAGUCCCUUGAAGGGCUGGUGCAUGAGCUUCACCCAGAGGUUCAGCAGUUUCCAGCGUGUCAGGCUUUCUGCGAUAACCUUGCAUCUAUCUCAAUCGCUUCCUUUGAGAGUGGCAAUUGGCGCACGCGCCACCUGCGGGUUCGGUCUCAAGCCCUCCGGGAAAGGCUCCAGUCUGGAAAGUGGCACCUGUCGCACUUAAAAGGAGAACACAUGCUGGCAGAUAUUGCCACGAAAGUGCUGCCUUGGGCUCGAGUCAGAGACCUCUUGCUUUUGUGCGGGUACGAUGUGCCAAAGGUUAAGGCUCAGGGCAAGGGAGGAGUUGAAGGAUCGAAGCAGGAUGACUGGAGUACCAAUGAGGCUCCUAGCUCCUCUGAUGCUGUGGUGAGGUAUGUUGAUGACGUUGCGGUCGUUAGAUCAACAAGAUUUCCUCCGCUUGCGACUGACAGUGAGAUUGAAGAGGCUGAUGAAGAAAUUAAUCAUGCCGUCGCUUCAGCUGCAGCGUUUCUGAUCAGGAAUGGCAUUGAAGUGCCACUUGAACAGCUGUCAGAUGCUCAACAACAUGUCUUUUACACGAACGAGGGCUUUCGCCUCGAGCGCAUGCACCAGGAUGGAGUCCCUGAGGUGGAUUGA